UCAAAGCAUCUUUUGAUAAAAGCAUCUUGCAAAGAAGCAAAUCAAAGCAAAAAUUGAUGGCGAAGCAAAAUUUGAAAGAAAGUUUUAGUGCAAUGCGACUAAGUUAAAUUUACUAUGCCUAUGCGUUUAAGAAAUGGUCGUUUUUAUGAGGCUUUUGAAAGCGAGCACAUAAUGCUCAGAGAUGGGAAAGUUGUAGAAUCGCUUCAAUCAGUCAUUUUUAACAAACUAUACGUCAUAUCAUUUCAAGGUGAAAUUGGUUUUUCUAACAAUUAUUGUGAAGCAAUGUAUAAUAAAUUUGCUAUAAAUAUGUCAAACUUUGCGCAAAAAGAUCAACAGCUUACAAUUCAUUUGAAUCCUCAAAGUAAUACAGCCAACAAGUAUAGACAGAUGUACACUAUAGCUAAUAUUAUAAAAAAUUGUAGUUUUUUCACUUCUGAAAACAUUUCCUGGUGUACUUUAGUAUCGUUUCUUUAUUUCAUUAGACUUUUAGUUAAAAUAGUUUGGUACGUUGUUAGUAUGGUUAUGGUCGUUUACUUAUUGUUUUCAUUAACACAUCGGUCGUCUAAGUUACCUCAUCCUUCUGAAUUUGGACUAAAACGUGGACAUGAAGUUUACUUAAAGCCAAACAAAGAGAUAUUUGCAUGGCACGUCAUGCCAAAAACAGCACAGCUUGUUAAGGCAUCACCGUCAUAUUCUGACAACUCUUCGGUAGUUUUACAUAUUAGAAAUCAAGGAGUUAUCGAUUCACACAACAGAAUUGACGUCUUUCGUUUUUUAGCCUCAAUUGGUUAUCACGUACUAGUUCCUAUAGAAACUCAUUCUUUUGACCAAAUUUUAGAAGCAUGGAUAGCUGUGUUUAAAAAUGCAGCUAUGGAUGCUCAUAAAUAUUUAUGGGUUGAUCGAACAGAUAUAUCGGUUGUAAAAAAACUAAUGCAAGAAGCUUGUCAACUUGGUUUUCCACCAAGUGGUGUUGUAGUUGAAACAAAAAAAACUGAAGUAAGCAGUACUCACAAUAUGGAAGUCUGGACUGAGGAAUGCAAAGAAAGACAGUUUAAUUUUCUAAGAUGCCCAAUUACAUCACAUUCAGUUGCAGUAAAAAAACAAGAAAUAUUAUCUUGCAUGGAUCUUAUCUCAACAAAUACACAUUUUACAGCUCGUUAUUAGAGUUUAAUUUUUUUUUUAAUUGUUUGCUUAAAUCAUUAAAAAAAAUACUUUUGUAGUAAGAUAUUUUAUUUUUGUAGCUAGAGAUUAUUUAUAGUGGGGAAAAGGGUAGGUGAAUAAUGUUAGUAAAUUUGCCGAUAACAAAAAAAAAGCUUAUUUA